AUGGCGCCUCGUACGGACUUCCCACCUAUACGAGCUUGCCUCUUCGACAUGGACGGCCUACUUCUAGAUACCGAAGACAUAUAUACUCUCUGCAUAAACCUCAUCCUAGAGAAGUACGGCCGCACUUCGCUUCCUUGGUCCAUCAAAGCGAAAUUACAAGGUCGGCCGGGUCCCGACGCAAACGCCCUCUUCCACGACUGGGCCAAACUCCCCGUCUCUCAGUCCGACUACCUCGAUCAACUUACCGCCCUCCAACAGCAGCACUUUCCUAACGCGAAGCCGUUACCUGGUGUUGAGAAGUUACUUGGCGAUCUAGGAAGGACGAGAUGGUGGGAUAUCAAGGAUCAAAAUGGCGUCAAAAACGCCGAGAAGGGUGGUAGUUCUGGCAAUAAAGCGCAGAGAGUACACAUUGCGUUAGCUUCUAGCAGUACUUCGUCCAAUUUUGCGGUCAAGACAUCCAAAUGGACCGAACUGUUUUCCGUGUUCGAAUCGCAUCGAAGAGUUCUUGGAGACGACAAACGCAUCCAACCUGGCCGCGGUAAACCACUUCCGGAUAUUUACUUACUUGCUCUAAAGACUAUCAAUGAAAGUCUUGACGAGGGCGAGAAACCAAUAACACCCGAGGAAUGCCUGGUAUUUGAAGAUAGUGUUCCAGGUGUUGAAGCCGGUCGUCGUGCAGGUAUGCGAGUUGUAUGGUGUCCUCACCCAAUGCUGAAGAAAGAAUACGAGGGCCGGGAUGCGGAAAUUCUAGCUGGACGCAUGGGCGAGGCAGGCGAAGUUGACGUGCACCAAUUAGGAGAACUUGGUGACGGGUGGGCUGAUUAUUUCGUCGACUUAACCAACUUCCCAUAUGAUAAAUAUGGUAUAGUACUUCCACCCGCUGAAGCGGAAUUGGACGCCGCCAUGAAGGUAAACACCACUGAGGAGCUCGUCACCCAAGAUGUUAGUUAA